AUGUUCAACUACACCCCAGCACUACACUUCAACCUGUCUCUUGACACGGAGUGUUGCAUUGUUGAGCAAGGUGUUGAUGAAGGUUUUGAUCAGGGUGUUGAUAAAGGUUUUGAUCAGGGUGUUGAUCAGGGUGUUGAGCAAGGUGUUGAUCAGGGUGUUGAUGAAGGUUUUGAUCAGGAUGUUGAGCAAGGUGUUGAGCAAGGUGUUGAUCUGGGUGUUGAUGAAGGUUUUGUUCAGGGUGUUGAGCAAGGUGUUGAGCAAGGUGUUGAUCAGGGUGUUGAGCAAGGUGUUGAUCAGGGUGUUGAGCAAGGUGUUGAUCAGGGUGUUGAGCAAGGUGUUGAUCAGGGUGUUGAGCAAGGUGUUGAUCAGGGUGUUGAGCAAGGUGUUGAUCAGGGUGUUGAGCAAGGUGUUGAUCAGGGUGUUGAGCAAGGUGUUGAUCAGGGUGUUGAGCAAGGUGUUGAUCAGGGCGUUGAGCAAGGUGUUGAGCAAGGUGUUGAUCAGGGUGUUGAGCAAGGUGUUGAUCAGGGUGUUGAGCAAGGUGUUGAUCAGGGUGUUGAGCAAGGUGUUGAUCAGGGUGUUGAGCAAGGUGUUGAUCAGGGUGUUGAUAAAGGUUUUGAUCAGGAUGUUGAGCAAGGUGUUGAUCAGGGUGUUGAGCAAGGUGUUGAUCAGGGUGUUGAGCAUGGUUUUGAUCAGGGUGUUGAGCAAGGUGUUGAUCAGGGUGUUGAUGAAGGUUUUGAUCAGGGUGUUUAUCAGGGUGUUGAGCCAGGUGCGGGGAGUGGAAAGUUUAUGGUGGGCGAGGUGGUGGAACCACUCAGUUCCUGGAACACCAUUACACUUGAUGUGUUCUGA